AUGCCCUGCUUCAAGGGCAUCGCAGUGAGCAUCCACGCCAAUGGUGCUCCGCUGCCCGAAUAUGGCAUCCAGAAACAGUCCCGUUUUUCUCGGAUCAAUACUUAUAUUCCAGUCCCUCAGCCUCAAGUGAAUCCCGAGACUGGCAAGCCCGAGCCCGCAAAGUUUGCCAUCUCGAUCACCUUGCUUACUCCCGGCCUCGCGAUCCCCUACUCGACCCCGAAGCCGACUCCGAGCAAUCCCUUCCCAAAGCCUCAGCUGGUCGGGCCUAUGCCCUCCAGCACCGGUGACCGCGGGAAGUACCACGGCGUCGUCACACCCUACAUUCCCCUGACCAACAACGAGAACGAGACUAUCGCCGCUUACAUUUACUUUGACGGAAGGGCAAAGGAAGAGGUGGCUACCCUCCUGCGUCCCGGCGAGGAAACCUGGGUCAACAGCCGAUGGGUCCAGGUUCCCGAGUCUGAGGGCGGCGGACUGGCCGAGCGCGAGUUCCUGUUCCGCGAGGUCGGCCUGGAGCGCUGGUUGAACGGCUUAGACCUCAAGGGCCACGAUGCUGCAGAGAAAUUGGAGAAGCGCCGGCAAAAGUUUGAGCGCCGCAGGAGACGCCAGCAGGCCCUUGCCGAAGCGGCGGCCGCCAGGAGUCUCGAUGGCAGCGCGCCUCGUAGCACUCUGCGCUAUAGCAUAGACGAGGGUGCUCCUCUCGAAGCCGUUCCGGACGAGGACUCCGUCUCUUCAUCUGAUGACGAUGAGCCCCCGGAGGCUGCUGGCCAGAUCAAGGUUGCCAUGUAUCGUGUCAUCGCGUCCGGAGAGGUCAAGAAGGGUGAAUACUCACCGCAGUUUGAUGCCCACGACGACUCCGACUCCGAUGAGAAGGACCCUCCCAACGGGCUUGAUGCCGACGUUGAGCACACCACGAGCUUUGCUAAGCCUAAGACGCUCGACCCCAAGACCAUCAGCACCCAGACCGUGACCGGCAUCGACGGUCCGGACAAGCCAUAUGCAGUCUUUACGUUCUUCUACCGCGGUGAGCGUCAACUGCAAAAGAUGGGCAUCAUCCCCCCGCCCAAGCAAGCGACUUCGCCGGCGCUCAAGCGCCGCUCCGGGCAGCUCGACUUCAGCAACUUGGGUCCCCUCAAGACUACUGGUACUGUCGGGUUCACUGCCUUCCGUGACAAGGAGAGUCAGGCGCGCAGGAAAAAGGCGCGCAAGAACAACGGCGCCCCUGGUAUACCCAGUUCGGCGAUGGAUGCUGAUAGCGACGAUGAUGACGAUGAUGAGCACAUCGGCGACUCUGAGGACCUCAGCAAGAUGGAUGACGUGGACGCUAAGUACGACCCGUCCAAGCUUGGGCCUGAAGACGCGAAGCACACGGGUGAGCUGGCGGAGGGUGUAAAUCGCAUUCGGCUCAAGCGCGCACACUCCGCAGAGCCUGACUCCUCCGAGAGCCCGCGCAAAUCCCCCGGCGCAAGCGAUAGCGUCACCCCGACCGAUUCCAAUGCCCCCGGCGGCAUCGCAUCAGCCGCGCAAGGUCUCUUUGGCCGCAACCAGUUACCGGGCGAGAACGAUAACAGCAUCAUCGGCAGUCCGCUGAAGAAGGCGCGCCCCAGCCUCGGCGCCGAGGGCUUGAGCGCAAGCAUUGCCGGUGCUACUGCCACCGGUGUCGCGGCGUCGUCGUCGGCCGCUUCGACUACUGGUAACCCGUUUCUCCCCUCCGCGCUCGGGGAUGUUCUCGCCAAGGCUCAGGCUGGCGCGGGACAGGCUGGCGCGGAUCAGAAAGGGGCUGAGGCUAGCGUGAAGAUGGAGGAGGAGGAGGAGUUGUGA